CAGAGGUGCCAUGGCAGACAAAAAGUGGCUGUUAGGGCCUGGGCCACUGGAACCAAUGCCCCUGGGCAUGCACUGCAAGCCCUGGUACAAAGACAGGUUACCCUCCAAGUGUUUCCCAAAGCAUAAGAACAAGCUUCUGAAGUUCCCCACCUCCCUGGACAGCCGGCGGUGGAUAUUUGUGAAAGAGGGGCUGGACGACUUCAGGAGGGGAUGUCCACCGUGUGAAGACCUGAUCACUCGCGGCCCUAAAGAAGGCUUUCUUCCCAUGAUUGUUCACAGAGUUCCCAAACCUGCCCCCACAAAGAAAAAGCUGACCAAGGAAACAGACCUGUUGUCCACACUGUCGCCAGCCCAGCUAGCACGGAAGGCAUUUGUAGAGGACAUCGAAGCCCAUCUGACAGAGCAUCCCUUGGCUCUCUACCCAAAUCUGGAGAAAGAUAUACCUUCAGACCUCUUAUUAAAGGUGCUGGAAGUGCUCGAUCCUGACAAGAGGCUGAACGACACAUGGGCCUAUUGUCAGAAUGCGGAGAAAAGAAGGAAGACCCCCACAAAGCUUAGAAAGAAACGUCCUGCCAAACUCAAUCUGGAACUUCCCAAGAAGACUCCUGGGUCACAUCCAGACAAGUUGCCUCAUGAAGAAAGGAAGUCAAGCAUAAAUGAAGAUUUGCUCAAAACUCCUCCCCUUCAUAGAAAAAUACCAAAAGGAGUCCGGAAAUUCUGCAAAUGGGUUGCUACUUUUGGAGACUUGGGCAUUGAUGAAGAGUUCAUCAUGAAACAGUUUGACAUUGGCUAUGAAUGCAAACCAACCUAUGACAGGAGCCACACGAAGAAAGUAAACCAUGUUCCUUUGGACCUAAAGUAUAGAAAGGGGCGAGAUAAAAUGGAUGAUAUAAAAUUCUCCAUAUACUGGGAAAACUGGGAGAGGAAACUCCAAAAACCAAAGAAUCCUUAUAAACCCAACUGGGUGAAGGUGAGGUACGGAGCAUGGUACCUGAAGCCCAAGUUGUGGAAAAAGCUAAUAAAUGAUGAACCUUUGAUUGAUCCCAAGGUUUUACAUGAAGCUCCAGAUGGAAGAUACGGAAAGAAUUUUCCUCAACAGGAUAUUCUUGAAGAACUUUAUGGAACAAUUGCUUUUAAAGAUUUCAUUCUAUGCAAGGGCUACAGGAUGCCAGGCCUCCUUGAGAAGUUGUUUCUCAGGAAGGGAUGGAAAUAUGAUUCUGUUAGGACUCCUAUACAUCAAGUAAUAAAAAUAAACACAAAUGUAGAAGAAGAUGCACCUGAAGAUGUUUAA